UUCGUGAAGAAUGAACGUAAAUGUUCAACUGUCUGAUCAUAUUGGUUUGCUCUUGCUAUGGAAUGCGUUACUCCUAAGAAUUGUUAUCUGUGCUAAUGCAAUGCUAACGAUAAAUGAAAAUUCGACGUGUGCAGAUGUAAUGGAUUACGAAAAGUGCAAUUGUUCAAUUGGGAUUACUUCGUUGUUCGUAAAGUGUAAUGUAUCGGACUCAAUUUUCGAAGGACGAUUCACCAGAAACAAGUCAGCAUCAAUAGAAUGUAGCGGAAAGCCGAUGGAGAAUGGAACGUUGAAUAUAGGAAUGCGUAGCUCGGUACAACUGCGAAAUUGUGAAUACUUCUCCAAACCUAAGUCUCUGCGUCAGAUGCUGGAUAUAUUUGGCUCCAGCAAUGAAAGAAGCAUCGACAUUAAGUUUGACAAAUACACGAUUAUGGAUCUGUCUGACAAUUAUUUUCAAGGUUUCCGAGAUUUAACAACGCUUCGACUGGAUUUUGGAAUAGAAAAUUUACCAACAAGUUUGUUUAAAGAGUUGACGAUGCUCGAACGAUUAACACUGACAGCGCAGCUCAAAAAACUUCCAAAUGAUCUACUUAUAAAUCAAAAUCAACUCGUAGAGCUUAUUUUGAAAAACAAUCGCAUCGAGGAAAUUCCUUUCGAUUUCUUUCGUCAUCAAAACAACCUAAUCCACUUGGAUCUAAGCGCAAAUCGAUUGCAAUCCAUAGCUGAAAUCACAUUCGCAAACCUCACUUCGCUGAUACACCUAGACAUGAGUCAUAACGCCAUACAAUCCGUACAUGCGAAUGCCUUCCACAACAUGCAGAAGUUGAAAUACCUCAGUUUGAAAAGCAAUGAACUUACGCAUGUUCCACCAACACUACUAAAAGGAUUAACCCUGCUGGCUAAUCUGGACCUUUCCGCCAACCAGUUGCGACUUCUCCCACCGGAUCUACUUCGAAAUCAUACCCAGCUGUUCCGGUCAGAUUUGUCCAAAAAUGACAUCGAAACACUGCCAGAAAUGCUGUUCGAAACCAAUGCCGCACUGCAGUAUGUAAACAUCAGCCACAACAGUUUGAUAACACUGCCUAGUAAACUAUUUCACACGUUGCAGAAGCUGAUUUCGCUAGACCUGAGCAACAAUCAACUGAGUUCGCUGGAUCCGGACAUAUUUGAGCAGAGCCCGUACGUGAUAUUCCUGUACCUCCAAAACAACCAUCUGUGGUUCGCUGGGUCCCUGUACCGCAACGAGCAUGAUCUGGAGGAGAGCUCAUUUUCCCCCUUCUGGCCCAUUAGAAUGCAGCUUCGGGAACUCAACCUUCGAAACAACAGCAUUGAUCGUGUAGACAUCGCUUGGAUCGAGUCACCAGAGUUGAAAAAACUGGAUCUCAGCUACAACAAGCUGUCCAAGUUCGACAAUGAUGACUUCAAAUUUAGGUCCAACGAAAUGGUCGUCGAUCUGGAGUUCAACCAAAUAGCUAUGCUUUCGCUGAUGGCAAUGGACGCUACAAAAGGCAGCGAUGGAUUUAACCUGUUCAAACUGAACCACAAUCCACUGAACUGUGACUGCCAGGUAACUUCGUUUGUUCAGUUUCUACAAAUGACCGGGCACGUCUAUCGAAGAUGGAGGUUUACUGUUGAUCAUCUGCGAUGCGUUGAACCAGAUCUCAAUCGGGGUAUCAAUGUGGUUAAAGUGAAUGUUGCAAAUCUGCUCUGCAAAAUAGAUGAACAUUGCCCGGAACGAUGUAGUUGCUUUGUGCGAAAAAGUAACGAAUCCGUGCUGGUGAACUGCGAACAAAAGAAUCUCACAAAACUGCCAAAUCUGACAAACGUUAGUCUUAAUUUCAACGACGUGGAGUUGUAUCUGAAAAACAACAGUAUAAAAUCGUUUGAUUUGCCAACUUCUUGUGGCUACGAGAAGGUGAAGAAAUUCGAUGCAAGCUACAAUCAAUUUCAAAACUUGUCUUCCGAUCUGCUGUUGGGAGUGAAGAUACUUGACAUAUCUAACAAUAAUCUCAGCAGUUUUAUAGAACUGACCAACCUGCUUAACAAUAGUCGUCAGCUGAGCAGUGUGAAGCUUUCGUCAAACCCAUGGCAGUGUGACUGCCCAUCGAUAGACCACUUAAGAGUUAUACAAACCACCUCCGAUCGCAUUGAAGACAGCAAGUAUAUGCGAUGCUCAGAUGGUCGUGAUCUGAAUCUUCUCACGGUUAGUGACGUUUGCCACGUGGAUGUAAUCACCACGAUCAUCAUUUCGAUGUGUCUCGUGAUAAUCCUGAUAUUACUGAUCACUUUCGUCGCGUAUGCAUAUCAGAUUGAAAUCAAGAUUUGGUUGUUCACCAACAAUCUAUGCUUGCGACUAGUAACCGAGGAGGAAAUCGAUAAGGACAAACUUUACGACGCAUUUGUAUCCUACUGCCAUCAGGAUGAAGAGUUCGUCAGUUCAACGUUGGUGCCUCGAUUGGAAACCGCUCCGAUGAAUUUGAAGGUUUGCUGGCAUAUGCGGGACUGGAAUCCUGGGGAGGUGAUCACUACUCAGAUCGUGCAUUCCAUCGAAAACUCCCGACGAACGAUCGUAGUGCUGUCCAGAGAUUUCCUCGAAUCCAGUUGGGGCCAAUUGGAGUUCCGGACGGCCCACGUAAGCUCCAUGGCAGAGAAGCGAGUGCGCGUCAUAAUCAUCAUCUACGGAGAUCUGGGCGAUGAAGAUCGGAUCGAUUCGGAGAUGAAGGCAUACCUUAAAACGAAUACCUACAUUAAGUGGGGGGAUCCAUGGUUUUGGCAAAAGCUACGAUAUGCCAUGCCACAUCCUGCACGAGUGAAAGGAGUUCGGUGGUACAGAGAGAGGAAUAGGGUCGAUAUUGCACCUACCGUGGAAGUGAAUUGAUACUGUGGAUCAUGAGUGGUUAGAUCCAAACUGCCAAAAUAGAAAAUAUUUACAAUAUAUGUCGUUAUACUGGUCACCAGUGUUGACCAGACUCAUUUCCCCGAAAUUCGAAUUGUGAAGCCAUGAACUGUUAUAACUGUGCGUUGUA